GUGUUCGUUUUAAUUUGUAAUACGCGUCAUCGGCCGGUCAAAACACGCACGUAUUACUGAAUGCUAAUAAUACAUUAAUACAUAACACCGUAUGUGGCCCACAACCCUUAGAUGAAUAAUUACAAUAAUUUUAUUUAAAACGGCAUACUACACGUCGUGUCUGCUAUACACGUAAUAAUAAUAAUAGUAAAAAAAAAAAAUAAUAAUAAUAAUAUAAAUAGUAAUAGUAAUAAUUAUAUUUUGUGUAGCCACUGGCCAUUUGUAACUUGUAGGUACGUAUUGUCCUCGCUCCUCAAAACAAAUCUGCUGGAGCGAUAUCGAUUUUAUUUUACACAACUCUCUGUGAAUAACGAAUAAAUAAUAGGUAACCCCUUGGCACAAAAACGGGUUUGGAGCACAGUCCGUGUGGACGACAACGGUUUGAAGGGUAUACGGCGCACAUUUUACAAACAAAAAAAAAAAUAUAAUAUAUUAUAAAAAAUGACUGCUGCGUGGGGUUUGACGAAUAAGAAUAGUGAAAACGUUUGUCGUUGUCCCCCGCCGUAUAGCCGAGGAACACGAUUAUAUGCAAAUGUUUUGAAGGGGAGAAUCGCGAGCGCACAGUAUAGUUCUAUAACACUAUAGGCAGGUAGGUACCAAAAAGAAUAAUAAUACGUGAUAAUAAUAAUAAUAAUAAUAAUAAAGCGUACCUAAAAAACACAAUUCGAUGCUCCCAGAGACAUACGCGGGAUAUAUGGGUCAAGGUGUGCGGAUAUCAGACACAAUUAUAGUAUAAAGUCCCAAUCUACGUGAAUGCGAAAUGUCAUUUAAUAUAAUAUUAUCGCCACGCGUGUGUGUUUUUUAAGACAAGACUAGACGCAGUCUAGUAACGGAGCGUGACAUUUAUAAACGGUUUUUGCUUCGAUUCGAUUUAUUUUGUAUUCACAGUGUUCAGCGUGCGAUUUAGUUAUGCGUUUCAAAAUGCGUGUCCACGAAGCCGCUGACGAACCGAUGGACGGCGACGCGACGUACGCGACCCGGAGGAAGAGCCUUCGGGUGUCCUGGACGCUGUUGACGUCAUCGUUCGCGUUCAUCGUGCUACUGUGCGCGCUGUGCCUGUUCUUCUUCUUCCACCCGCGCACGUGCCGGCAGACGUAUGGCGGCCCACGCUUUGGGUCCACCGAGACGAUAUUGGACGAGAUCCGCGGCUUCGACUACGAGCGGCUAGAGAACGACUACGGCGCCACGGAUGUCCGGUUGCCGGCGGGAGUGGUUCCGGAAUCGUACGACCUGCGGAUAAUACCGUUCCUGUGGGCCGGAAACUCGACGUUCGACGGCCAGGUGGACAUCGUCGUCAACGUGACGGCCCCCGUGGACGGAGUGACGCUGCACGCCGUCGACUUGAACAUGACGGAAUGUCUCGUCACCAGGUAUCCAAAAAUGGUACUAAAUGAACACGUGAUGGCUGAAAGUGUUUUCGUUCCUAUUCUGGAAACACAACAAGAUCUUUCUAAACAGUUUUUCAUUAUAAAAUUCAAAGACAUACAGCCAGCUGAUUACCAGUACAACAUCCACAUAAAAUACACUGGAAAACUUCAAGACAACAUGGAAGGGUUUUAUAAAAGUUCUUACAACGUAGGAAACACAACUAGGUGGAUAGCUGCAACACAAUUUCAACCAACUGACGCGAGAAAAGCAUUUCCUUGUUUUGACGAACCUGCUCUAAAAGCUAAAUUUACUGUGUCAAUUGCGAGACCCGGUGAUAUGAGUUCUAUAUCCAAUACCGGGCUUAAAUAUGUCGACAAUAAAUUUCCAAAGCUAUCAGAACCUUUAGCGUCUUACGAAUGGGACACGUUCGAACAAACGGUGCCCAUGUCUACUUAUCUAGUAGCGUUCAUUAUUUCCGAUUUUGAAUAUUUAUCCUCGGAGACUUUUAGAGUAUGGGCCAGAAGUGAUGUGUUAUCGCACACUCACUAUGCUCGAGACAUCGGCCCUAGCAUAUUAAAGUUUUAUGAAGAAUUUUUUUCCAUUCCUUAUCCUUUGAAAAAAACCGAUCUGGUAGCACUUCCCGAUUUUGCCGCUGGAGCCAUGGAGAAUUGGGGCUUGGUGACAUUCCGGGAAAUAGCCAUGUUGUACAAUGAAGGCGUUUCGCCGAAUGCUCAGAAAGAACGAGUAGCGACGGUGAUCGCUCAUGAACUGGCACAUCAAUGGUUUGGGAAUUUAGUGACACCAGAUUGGUGGUCAGAUCUAUGGUUAAACGAAGGUUUUGCAACUUACAUUGAAUACGUAGGGGUAGACCAUGUAGAGCCCAAGUGGAAAAUGGAGGAACAAUUUAUUUCUAGUGGUAUACAGAGCGUAUUUUUAAUGGAUUCGUUGAAAUCUACGCAUCCAAUUUCCGCGCGUGUGUCGAGGCCGGAGGAAAUUAAUGAAUUGUUUGAUCGCAUUUCCUAUGAUAAAGGAGCAUCUGUAAUUCGAAUGAUGGACCACUUUCUUACACGGCAGGUGUUCCGGAAAGGCUUAACCAAAUAUUUGAACGCAAAGGCCUAUAAUAGCGCCUACCAUAAUGAUUUGUGGGAUGCUUUGACCGAACAGGCACAAACCGAUCGUGUAAUGGACAUCACGUUGACUGUAAAAGAUGUCAUGGAUACAUGGAUACUACAACCAGGAUUUCCAGUCGUAAAUGUUACACGAAAUUAUGAAGUGGAUACAUUAAUCGUUUCACAGAGUCGUUUUCUUCUACACGACACUAAAAACGCCAUUAAAACUGAUCAACCAAAUAAUCUUUGGUGGAUACCGCUUACGUUCACGACAUCGUCAAAAUUGGAUUUUUCGGUAACAAAACCAAGCUAUUGGCUUAAGCCCGAAGAAUUCAUGAUGAUAACCGAAACAGGGAUACCUUCCAAUGAUUGGGUGUUAUUCAACAUAAACGAAACUGGAUUUUAUAGAGUGAAUUAUGAUUCAAAAAAUUGGAACAUGUUAAUCGAAUACUUAACCGAUCCAGAGAUGUAUUCUAAUAUUGGAACGAUUAACCGAGCACAGUUGAUAGAUGACGCAAUGUCUUUAUCGAGGGCUGGAUAUUUGAGUUACCAAACCUCUCUCGAUUUAACUAAAUACCUUUACCACGAGACUGAGUAUGUGCCGUGGAAAUCGGCGUAUAGGUCUUUUACCUAUUUACAUCAAAUGCUCAUUAAAACGUCCAUUUACGACAAAUUAAAAGCAUACGUGUUACACUUGAUAUCCCCAAUGUAUAAAAUAACCGGGUUCGCAGAUAAUCCGAGAGACGAUCAAUUGGUCAUUUACAAAAGAUCCAACUUGUUAUCGUGCGCGUGUGAGUUGGGACACACCGAUUGUGUUCGAAAUGCAGUGGCUCAGUUUCAAAAUUGGAAAUCGAACCCUCAACCGGAAAAGAACAACCCGAUUUCGCCGAAUCUAAAAGCAAUUAUAUACUGUACGGCCAUCAGCUAUGGAAGCGAAGAAGAAUGGGAUUUCGCGUGGAAAAUGUAUAAAAUGACCACGGUGGCUUCUGAAAAAGAUUUAUUGCUGGACGCUUUGGGCUGUAGCAGAGAAACGUGGAUUUUGGCCAGAUUUCUCAGUUAUGCCUUGCAAAACAAUUCUUCCAUUAGGAAUCAAGACAUUAGCAAAGUAUUUUACGCUUUGACCAAUAAAGUGGCCGGGCAAGAAGUGGCGUGGAAUUAUGUGCGCGACAACUGGCGCAAUCUCAAAUCGACUUUUGCGGCGGGAUUUUCCACGAUGAGCGAGAUCAUUAAAUCGGCCACAUACCAUUUCAACACUAAAAACGACCUGAUCCAACUGUGGCAGUUUUACAAAGACGAAUACGAUCAUUUGGGUUCGGCUAGAAGAAGCGUAUUGCAAUCGAUCGAAAACGCCGAAGCAAACGUGAAUUGGAUGGAGAGAAAUUUUAAAACGAUUAGCAAAUGGCUGCAAAACACCACGACUCUAUACUUAUCCCAAUUCACCAACGAAGUGGAUUAGACAUAUUAUAGUAACAAUUUACGGCGGGAUGUAAAUAUUAUCUAUUAUGUUAAGUAGAAUAGGUGGUACUACCGAUUAAGCUAAAAUUAUUUUUCGACACUUUUGUGUCAUUUUCGCUAAAGAUUGUCUUGUAAAGACUGUUUUUAUUUUUUUUUUAAACUACCUACUGCUAAAUAUUAUGACUUGGUGUUAUCUUUAUUAUUAUCAUAAUUUUUUUUUUUUUUUUUAUGGCAAUGUAUGUUCAAUUUCAACAGUAUUUUUUAUAUAUUUAUUUUAAGUUAACAGUAUUUACGUUGUACCUAAAAAUAUUUAAUAAUACAAUUUUACUUUAUAAUAUCGUAUAAUAUACCUAAAUUUGAAAAUAUAGAACAUCAUUACUUCCUGAUUAAUCAUAUAGGUACUACACUACAACAUUUAUGAUGUGUUAAACAAUUAAUGUUCAUCUAGCCUGUAUGUACCUACUCUAUGUACAAUAAUGUCGAGUGUUCUCAUAUUUUAAUGAAAAACUGUUAAUUAUAUUUAAAUAUCACAACUAUUAUUCAAUUGAAGUUUUUACUAACCUAAAACUGAAAAUUGAAAUUCUUUAUAUAAAAUAUAAACUGGAUUUAGGUUUAGAUUUAAAAAUACCUAGGUAUAAUCACUAGACAUGCAUAUUAAGAUUGAUUUAACAAUAUAUGUUUAUUAUUCAUUUUGGAUAAAAGUGAAUUCGUAAUGAUGUUUAUUGUUUUCAUUAUAGAAAAUAACUACUAUAGCAACAGUAAAUAAAUAAUGAGGAUACCAAGCCCGGAUUAAGGUAAUUUUGGGACUGGGGCCAAAUAAUAAUAAUAUAUCCAUUAUCCAUUUGUUAUAGAAAACGUACUACCCAGAGGCCCACUAUUGUUCGAUAUCUGUUGUGGGCCUGUUUCCUCCCCCCCCCCCCCUUAAACCGUAUGUGGAGUAUAUAUAUUUCAUAAUAUAAUGAUUUUAAAAUAACCAAAAUAAACCAACGAAAAGAUAUUAUUAUUUUUAGUUUAAGUUGGUUUUACUUUGGUUGAUCUUAAACUUAUAAAUGUAUUAACAUUUGUAAGUAAGUAUAUAUAUUAUAUAUAGUACACUAGUACACAGUAAUAAAGUAUACCUACUAUUAUGCUACUAUGGAAAUGUCAAAUGGAACAUCAAUUGUAAAUUAUGUUUGGAUGUGAUUAUGUGAAAUUAAAUAAUUAUCAAAAUGGACAAAACCUGAGUUAUUAAAAUUUACCUACAUGGCUACAUGUAAAUAUGAGUCCAAUUUAUUUUUGUUGUUAAGAAUCAUUAUCAGAAGAAAACUAUAACAUAUUUUAAGCUUUUGGUUGUAGAAAAUCAGUCAUUGACUUAUAUAGAUGACAAUUUAUACUUAAGUUAUAAAGACCUAUGCAUUCUUAAAAAACUGUUUUUAUUUGAAAAAAAUUAAGUAAAUCAAUAUUUUUUUUUCUUAAAGUAAUUUUAGUUAACAAUCUAAUGAUCAA